UCGAAUACACCCACGGAGUUUUAAUUCCGUGAAUACGCCUGUAGAGAGAGAUCUCCACUUCCCUAGCAGCCGACAACCGGACGGAAAUGGCUCGGCUAAUGCUAUACGUGGAUUGGAAAUAAAUUUGCUCCCUGAAGACGAUGUGGUGAAGAAACUGAAAAAAAGUUGCACUGACAGCUUCACUGCCAGUAUGUCUUAUCAAAAUAUUGACCGUGAUUUUGCACAGAAAAAUGUACGUGACCAAGGAAGUGGGGAUUAUAAACGUGCUCCUCCAGCAACAGCGCCCAAACCUAAACCGUAUACCCCUGCCCCUGCUCCAUUCAAACAAGGUGGGGCAGCAUAUCGACCAGUUAACGUUGACACUUACCAGCCUCCACCUCCGCCUGUUCCUAGCUACACUAGCAAUGACCGCAGCUUUCCUCCACCUCCACCCCCUGAGCCUGUUCGUGGCUAUGUCUAUGACCCAGAUGCAGAGUUUCCCCCACCCCCACCACCUGCUCCCAUCCACAGUUAUGGCUAUAGCCAAGGGGCACGUGGAGGAAGUGGCAUUUACACAGCUCAAGCCAAGUUUGUCAGAAAUGAAGAUUAUAAUGAAGAUUUUGGACCUGGCCCAAUGAGUCCUCCAUCUCGUGCAAGUGAGCAGGUAAUUGGUCGGGCAGCAUAUGGUCAUGACAGUGGAGAAUCACCGUACUCAUCAAUAAGCACUUCCAUGUCAUCAUCUGGUAAUUACGCCAAUAUUCGAAUUAAUGUUGCACCUCCAACACCAACUUCCAAAGAGUUUGACUAUGGCAGGUACAGUUGUGUCACUUUUUUUCCAUUUCUAGACAUUUUAAGCUGUAUCAGCAAGUGCAGACUAAUAAAUGAAUUUAUUAAUAUAGUGCUUCUCACUUUGAUUUGUUUGCAUUCAUAUUCAGGAAGUACUUGUUAAAAAUAAGUUCACAUCAUGUCUUAUAGAGUAGAGCAUUUCCCAGUGACAGAAAAACUAUUUAUAUUAUGGGCACUGCAUUUACUAUGGCUUUUUAUUUAACCUUGCUAAUCUGAUAAGACAAGAACAAUGUGUGCUAUUUUUUUAAAAACUUUUACUAUGUUUAGCUUU